AAUACCAGGAAGUUGUAAACAAAGCUGACAGCAAUUUUGUCCGAAUGGAUGCUGAGCUAGUCGUGUAAAACAGGAUAGCUGUUUGCCGAUACCGCGUAUCUAUAAAUAAUACAGCUUGGACGUUUCUUUUCGUGUAUAAAUGCUUUUGUGGAAAUAGACGCAUUCCGUGCGUUUGUUCUACCAGGUGACAAUAGCGUUAGCCUUCCGUCAUUAGGAAAGGCUGCACAAGGACGUCAAUGUUAUGAACGGUAACGCCUGCGAAGUUAUCGAAGCGUAUUAUCCCGUAUUGAACGGAUAGCGAGCAGCAUCGGCACCGCGAUUCUUGAUUUCCUCCCCGCUGCAACGGCUUUUAACUGAAACCGAGCGAAAGAGUACGUCCACUGUAGCGGGACAACAAUGUCUACAUCUAACGCUAAUUUCAAAAACAAGUGUGUGACCCAGGUGAACUGCAUAUUUUGUGAAAGUCUGCUGUGCACGAGAGGCAUGAAAGCCGUGCUGCUGGCAGACACUGAGGUCGAGCUCUUUUCUACUGAUAUACCUCCCAAUAGAACUGUUGACUUUGUGGCCAGCUGCUACUCCACUGAAAGCUGCAAAUGCAAACUGAGAGACAUCGCAUGUCUCAAGUGUGGUAAUGUUGUGGGCUAUCACGUUGUGGCCCCCUGUAAACCCUGCCUGCUCUCCUGUAACAAUGGCCAUUUCUGGAUGUUCAACAGCGAGGCUGUGUCUACUCUCAACAGACUGGAUGUGACAGGUCUGAAUCUGCUCCUGUGGGGAGAUCUUCCCGAACUGGAUGACAGUGAGAAUGAAGACUCACAAAGCCCAUUAGGGGAGGAGUGUAUUAGGUAGGCGCUGAAAGGGGACAAUGUGAGAGCCCUGGAACGCCAUCGUUUGAUGUGGAGCUACAAAAGUGCACAGACCAGGUCGAUGAUGAGACGAGAGAGAAAAGACUUGUUUCAAGGGUAAUUUAAUGCUCAAUCAAAUAGGGAUGAAAUGUUCUGCUGUAUGGGUUAAUAACUGACACCACGGUGGCCAUCUGACCACACCACAAUCAGGGAGGCCACAGCAAGUGUUUUGCCUUUGACAGCCAAUGGAGAACAGCUGCUGUGACAUCACUUAAACAAAACACAAGUCAGCGAUUACAGAGGAAGGUGCAGCAAGAGUUGUUUGCUGGGUGUAUUUUUAGUGUUGAAUUCCACUCUAAACUGUGACCCUGCUUUGCACAUAUUUUCUCUUAUUCUUUUCUUUGCAAAUUCUCAUGGGUUAUUAUGAAAUGUGGGUUACUAACCAUUACGACGACUUAAUCUGGUGUAUUCUACAGCCUCGUGAGGGCCGUGGUAUGAGAAGUCAAUGGAACUUAUAAACGGAUGCUGCGCCGUUUCACUCUGUUCACGUCCGCUCCAAUUUUUCUGAUAAGAUGACCACGCUUUGCCUUUCUAAUGGCAGUUUUUGAUCUGUACAUUAAAUAUGCUGUAAUAGGCACAACUCCCAGAAGAGUUAUGACAUAUUCUCUCUGUGUGGGUGAGGGCUGCCAGAACCACCUAGUUUUGUACAAAUCUAUGUUCCCAUGCAACUAAACUGUCAAUUACAUUUCUAGUGAAACCUUUUCUUCCAGUAGCAAUUUUUAACCAUUUCGACGUUGUGGUUAAAAGCUACAAAACAAAUGGUUUAGUUUAUGGCAAAAAAAACUACUGGAUUACGUUUAGCAAAAAAAAAUUAAUACAAAAACAAAUGUUUAUAUUUGGAAAACCAGUACUUUCUCCGAUGUGACACUUAUUUGUGAAACAUCAGAGGCAAACUUAAUUCACAACAAAGCACGCUUCCUCAAAGCGAUAUUUUUUGUAGAAUGAGAACAUCUUAUUUAGGAGAGCGGACUGGGCUGGACCGCUCUGUUGGAGAGCUCUUUGAUUCCUGUGUCUUGGAGAAAUGGCACAAUGAGUGAAUGAUACUUGGAGAAAUGUGUGUGUGUUGCUUCUUAAAGGUAUAUUUGAUUUAGGUUACCUUACGAUCUGACAUUCUAUCAGUGAAACGUUUCAAUGUGCUAAUCCAGUGUUACACAGUUGAAUUAACACCCAGAUGAAUAUGUGACCGUAGCAGUAUCUUGAAGUUUAGUGUUCUUUGGUCUCAACUCAAGGAAUACGUUCCCAGUUCCGUGAUCAUAUUGCCGGUGAUCAUAUUGAUAACGAGGAUGGAGGAAAGCGAGAAUGGGAGCCAACAAACUUUAGCAAAACGUACGAGUUCCAAAUGGAUUCUGUUUUUGUUCCUGUUCAGUUUCGUGUAGCAGCUGAAGAGAAGACAUUGAAAAACAUUUCACAAUUUGAAGUAAUUUGUUGUGACGUUGAGCUGACCGUAAAACUCCGAGCCCUCAAUAUUCUUUUGGCCUUACGGAGCCUGACAAUGAACCUUUUUGUUGAGCCGUGGACUCGAGGCCGGUGCUGCGCGGUAGUUGGUCAGUCCUUCUCCUCAGUCCGGUGUGUCAGACACAUGCCUCCACAUCCUCCAGUCACGAGGGACUUGACUGGAACUCACUCCUGUUUUGUCAGUGGCCUCCUCCUGCUCCUGACGUUGUCUCACUGCGGUGCCCCGCGGAUGCUACGGCCUUGUCUUAAAGAGACAGUGCUCCUGCGAGCGGGGUGAGAUUUGCACACGUAGAAUGCCGCUUCUCACCUGCAGAAGGACGGAGGAGGUGGCCUCCGGUUGUGGGAAGGAGCACAAGGAAGACGAACGCUUCACUUCAUUCACGUUCAAAUGAUAACUGACAGUCUGCUACGCUUGCACGCCAAAUACUUUUACUAUGGUCAACCAUUAGGAACCAUUUUAUUAGCCAGAUAUUUAUUACAUCUACAAACCAAAUACCUGUGACCACAUACUUAAAGCUUUGUUUACAAAUGAAUUAGUUUGUAUUGUGCUACAAUACUCAUGGUUUUAUUCCGGUAUUGGACAUUUAAUUUGUGUAGUGCUUUUGUGUCGUAUGUUUGUAUGUGUACAGUUUUACCUCACGAAGGAAGUACUUGCGAGCUUCCUCUGGCUUGGACAAUUGUCACGAUAAUCAAACAAAAUCUAUUUAAAUGGCUGUUUCUGACGUGAAUAACUUUGAUUGACAUGCCCUGCUGAAAAAAUGUACAUUUUGGAAUUGCACUGAAACUGGUAGAAAAAUAAUAAUAAUUUGUUUUGUAUGUUUGUUAAAUUAAUAAACUUUCUUUUUCAAAAUA